AUGGUCCUCCCCAAGGUCACCGAAUCCAGGCGAAACUCUUCAGGACGGGAUCUUCGUACACAAAGCAGAAAUGUUGUGCCUUCAAGGACUCCCGAAAUCAUACAAAUACCUGGGCGGUUCAGCGCGCUUGGAACUGAUAGCACUAUAGCAGUAGUGGGAAAGAAGCAAGAGACUCGCGCAAGAGUAAAAGUUGAGCCCGAGAGUCCCGAUAACACGGUAUACCCAACCUCGCCAGCAUCUCCACGUCAAGACUACAGGGAAGAAGCGAAAGUAGUCAAGCCCGGAGGGCCUUCCUCCCGUCAUCAUACAGUCCACAUCAAGGUCGAAGAUAAAGCCGAUCCCGAUACACCUCCACGCUACCCAUCCAUCACAACAGCCUGGUCCAAAUCUCCACUCCGUGUGCCAACUCCCAUGGCUGAACAGUUCUAUCGGUCUACGGUAGUCAAGAAGGAGAGCGAUGUUUCUCUGGUACAUAGAGACGUACUGUCACUACGGAGCCAAACUUCAGGUCCGUCGGUUAGCUCAAGCUACAAAAGGUUUGCUGUCGAGACGUUCCGUGACUUCGAUGCGUCGCACCCAGCCUCCAAAGUCAAAAUAGGAGAGGAACCAGAGAAGGGAUACUACGUCCCGACAGGAGCGAGCAAAGUCAAGCAUGAAGCGGCAUCUUCCUCCACAAACCUUUACCACCGCCAUCCCGGCCCCACAGACUAUUCCAGUUCAUACCAGAAAGCGCCUGCAAAACAUGAUCCAGCAUCACAUUCUUCGCCCGACCUCAGACGUACGCGAAGCCACUGCACCGCCGCGCCAACCCCAGAACUCCGCUCCGAAACCAAGUUCUCUUACCUCCAACCCAUCACACCCACACCCUUCAGCACCCCCUACGGUCUCGUCAACCCCCACCCUCCCGACCCAUCAUUAUACCUCAUCCCCGGGUCCCUGAUCGAAGGAGUUCAACGUCGUACAAAGUGGGGCCAGAGAGAUAGACGGACGAAGCGGCAGCCGCCAGCUCUGCACCCACGAGGUGUGCCCGCAGCCGAGGGUGUUGCUAGUGAUAAGCAAAACGCUAAACAAGCAGGAGCGGACGGGGCUGGAAGUGGCGGAAAAUGUGCGUGGUACAGACUUUCGCUUUGCAAAUGCUCCAAAUGGAUUAGUUGUAUCAAGGCAAAGUGCUCGCGUGCUGCUAAGAAGAAGUGGUGGCAGAGGAGUAAACAGCAUCAGUACACCACGGAAAGGAGGGAAGACAGUGGGUUUUAUGUUGUGAGGCGGGAGAUUGGUCCUAAUCUUAGGGUUACGAUGGAGGAGUAUGAGUCCGAGUACCGACCGCAGGGGCUCACGACUGAGGUCUCCCCAGUCAGCCUGCUCUCUGAGCACGGCUUCGCCUCAGAAUACGAUCACCAACAGAACCUUGAAAGUACUCAACAUCAACACAAUGGCAACGUCAAAUCAUACCCCCAGAAUGAGAGCGUCAACGGCUACUCGCAGAGUUCUGGUGCGGGUGCGGUUGAUCACCCGUCCGAAAUCUAUUUGCAAAACCACGCAGCCAGUCUCACCUCAGAGUAUAUGGAUGGUGCGGAUUCUAAUAUCUCGCCAGAAGCGGGCCUCGGUUCAUUCGGUCAACCUCUUCGCUGCUUUUACUUCUGCACGAUAGUCGGCAUCUUUGGACUGGUAAUCGUAGUAUCUUAUUUCAUCACCAUCUGGCACGUCUACCUCGCCUCACUCCACCCCGACUCGACAGCAGCCUUCGGACCGCCGGGUGCCAAAUGGGUCUUCUACGGUUGGUUCGUCGCGGGGGUGAUCGGGAUGAGCUUAAGUCUCUACGGACUGGCUGGCGCAGAGGCUGGCAUGCUUACGGAACGAACCUGGAGAGUUGAAGAUGCCAUGCGUCUUAUGUUGCAUGCUGACAACACGUGGUCUGGCCCUGGGGGCUGGAUGAAAGCAAUCAAAUGGGUUGUGCAAAGACGCAGGGCGCGCAACCAGCGUAGCAAGAUCCCUUCUCGGCUGUGGUUCGUUCUAGCACUUCCAAGCGUGGUUGUCUUCGUCGCUUGGCCCUUAUCAGGUCUUUGUCUUGAGAUGACCAGUGGUUUCCUUCAUGGUAAGCCAGGGCAAGGAGCGGAUGUUACCGGAUUCGUUCAAUCGACGUUCAACGCCGACCCUGGGGGUCGUAGGCCGUCUAGAGGAUCCUACAUCGGCGCACGUGUUUUCGGACACGGUGCUGUUUAUACACCUGAGAACUUCAAUCGAUCGAAGAAGGAGUUUUUGAAGAAUAUCCCCGUGAUACUGCCGAACACUGAGAGCGUCGAAGAAGUAUUUUUGACCACUCAAGGUGAAACUCCUAUCGAAGGAAAAGCUUGGGGUCUGUUGCUACAUUACGACUGCAACAUCGUAGACGAAUUGUCUGACUUCGUUCUCUUAAAAGACCGUCGAUUCUCAACAGACGUCUGGCGAAGCAACAAGAUAUUUCGUAAUUUCGAACAAACAGGAACGGCGCGAAGUGCGGAUGAGGAUCCUCCCAUCGACGAAUCUCCAACAUCAGCCUUCCCGUUAAGACCGAUAUACGUCCCUGGUGUAGCUGCUACCUCCAGUUUCGACGAUGAUGACCGAUUCAAGUACAAGUCAUACCGCCUCCAUGACAACAAUACCCUCGUGGAGGUAAAGAGAGUGUCCGGAUGGAAUUUCGCUGGACGAUUCGAUCCCGGAUUACUGAGUUGGGCUAUAGAUAUCGGUGGAGUUAUAGAGACUGCGUAUCAAUCCCUGUCCCCACCAACAGGCUCAAACGACGAACCACCCUGCGGUUGGUCUAGUGAGAGGGAAGACCCACCAACGUCUUACUGCUACCAUGAUCUGCAAGAGGAUCCUUCAAAACCGUAUCCCGGAAUCGAAUACAAGACUACUUUUGAGGUUCUGUUGUGGCAGACACUUCCCGUGUCUUUAGUUUCUAUGGGCAGCACCAUCAUCCGUAAUAUCGAGUCGCUGACUGGUGAGUACGUCAAUGUUUAUGGUAAGAAACUCGAAGCUAUUGGUGCAUCCUGUACGUCAAGCAGCAGUGUAGGCUCAGCAGACAUCGACGGCGUGCGAUCUACCUACUCCAACUUCCAACGGAGCGACACUCCGGUACCUACUCUAAAGAAUGAUUGUGCGAAACGCUUUGGCGCAGAAACACUCGCGUGUACACUCAACAUCAAAGACGAUGGUUGGCUGAGAUGGCUGUUUGAAUCGAUAGGCCUACCGUCACCGUUUGACACAUCUAUAGUGAAUGCUGCAGAGAUUGCUGUUGGCAACUUGAGAGCUAUUGCUCAACUCGAAUAUCUGCAAGCCGACCAACUUCGACAGGUACUUCUACAAGCUUACUCCACCUACGCCAUCAAGCUCAUGUACAAUGACGGUCGAGACUUCAUCGGAAUCAACAGAACAAGCCUCAAGUCACACGUCCCCGACCUCACGGCUUUUGUCGCUGGCACCGUAAUUGGACCGGGCGUCAUGCCAGCCGCUGUUCCUGUGGCUUUAUUCGGAUUGUGGGCCUUGAUCAGCUCAGGACUCUGCCUUGUCUAUGGCUUCCGGCGACGAUGGAGCGCGAUUCUGGAUGGGCAUACAGUCUUUAGGCUUGGGGCCGAGUUGCAGCAGACGUACCGAGCGAAGCUUCAACGGUUUUCUACGAUUGCUGAUAUUGAAGAGUGCGAAGCUCUGCACGAGAUUCCGGGUUUUGUGGCAGAUAUGGAUCCUGAUGAUGAUGUAGGGAGGAUUGGACUUAUGGAUGGAAAGCCGGCUAGGAAGGACAAGUUCUAUCGGUAG